AUGGCUAGUCCUAUUCCUAGCGGUGAAGAAGGUAGAGAUGGAGGUAAGAAUAGUUUUUUAAGUUAUAAAUUAAUUGGAUUUUAUGAUAAAAUUUCAUUAGAAAUCUACAUAUUUUGUUAA